UAGAGUAGGAGUAGAGUUAGAGUUGACCGGGUUACUGUCGUUUAUGGACGACGAAAGUAACAUCACGGGUUAACAUGGCGCUCUCCCAUCAAGCAUUGAAUAUGAGUGAAAAUAUGGCAGCGCAUCAGGAAAAUAGUGUCCGUAUCAAACGAGCUAUUUCUUUUGUAAUAGCACAAAUUGCUGCUCAAGCCGCUAAUUAUUGGACCAUUAUAAAGGCAUCAGAGGAGGAUGAUGACGAAGAGGAAUUGUUUUGCCUUAUAGCAUUGGAAAAAGGAAAUACGCCAACACGCAUUACUGGAUAUAUUGAGAAUGUGGUGUCGAAUUACACGUCCGUUCAAUUCCAACAACAUUUCAGAGUACCAAUUGAUACUUUUGAGGAU